CUUUCAGCGUCCUGUAUGGAAGCUGUAGUCUAUGUCUGGGCUGCGAGUCCUUAAACUUGCUGCAGGGGGCAUCGUCGUCCUUGCCCGCGGAGAUUCCCUAAUCUUCCAUAGUCUUGAACGCACACAUGCUCACACGUAUACACGCGGGCUCACCCCCUCCUCCUGCCAAACUCCCAGGCCAGGCAGCGUCGCCAUACGGAACAUCCUGCCCUCAACGGAGAGGGGGAGGAGAGAGGGUACACAAGUGUGUACUGAGAGAGGAAGAGCGAGACAGAGUCUAGCGUUCCCAGUUAUAAAUUAUCAGCUUUCGUGCACAAAAACUCAGAGAAACAGACAGGAUAAGAGGGAAAGGAGGCCUCGUGGAAACCUAUUUGCUUUACUGGUGACUGGGAGCAGCAGCGCGUGAAGACCUGGAUUAAAGAGCCCGAAUAAAUGGUCGCGCAGACAGGCGGCGCGCUGUGAAGUUGGACAGACUACCGAGACACCGAGAACCGUCAGCAGCAGCAGGAGCAGUCUUUGCUCCCUCCCCCUCCACCUCCCCGAACCCCCGAAGGCAGCGGCGGCACCGGGAGGCUGUGUCCGCACACCCCUACCAUGAAGCUGCCCUGGCUGUUGGCGCUCUCGGCGCUGCUUGCUCACGCCACCACGGGUCAGAAGUGGUCACCAAUCGAUGACGAUGGGUCUGCAAGAGGUGAAUUUUUCGACGACGAGGACCUCUACUCGGGCUCUGGCUCUGGCUUUCCUGAAAUCAGCAUGAGGCCAACAUCAGUAGGUGUGUCCUUUACCACAGAAGAGCCCCUCCUCCUCUCCACCACCCAAGCCACUAGCCCCGCCCCCUCUGCCUCACCUGCAGCUGAGCCCAGCCCCAGCCCAGAGGAUGCUACCACCAGCUCGCUGCUCACUGACGCAGAUGGAGAGAGUGGGUCAUUCUGGGACAAGGAGCUGGAUAAGGAAAGGGAAAAAGAGAAGGAGCUGGAGAGGGAAAAUGAGAGACAGUUGGAAAGGGAGAGAGAAAGAGAGAGGGAACGAGAACGGGUCCGAGAGAUGGAGAGAGAGCAGGAGAGAGAGAAGGAGAGAGAACGAGAGAGGGAGCGGGAAAGAGAGCGAGAAAGAGAGCGGGAGAGGCAGAGAGAGCGUGAGCUUGAAAGAGAGAAAGAGCGGGAGCGAAUCCGGGCUGCCGCAGCUCAGACCACCGCUGCUCCACGAUCAACCUUUUCUUUCCCUGAGGUGACCACCAACCCAACAACCGGUCCUGAAGAGAGCGCAGUACCCUCUGCUGGUUCAGAUGACUUGAGCACCACAGAAGAAGAGGAAGACGUCUACCUGUCAACUGAGCCCACCUUGUAUAACCCCGGAUUUGACUUUGAAACCACCACAGAAGAAGACAUUUCCACUACAGCAGAGACCACCCCUGAGCCUAAAACAGAUGCACCCACCACUACCACAGCAACUACUGUCAAAACCAGGAUGCCCUUCAGGCCCAGGGUGCCCAUGAUGACGACCACACAGGUGGUUAAGAUGGAGAGAACAACUAGCCCGCAGCAGCCCACAACAACACAGGAGAGCAACAAUGAGGUGGGUGCUGCAGGACCAAGUGGAGAUUUUGAAAUCCGCGAGGAUCGCCGGAAUGGUCUUGGUCAAGGUGUAAUGCCUGUGGAUCCCGAUUUUGUAGGCAACACAGUGGAUAGAGGUAGUCCUGCUGCCCAGCUCCCACAGAGGAACAUCCUGGAGAGGAAAGAAGUCUUGAUAGCUGUGAUAGUGGGAGGUGUCGUGGGUGCCAUGUUUGCCGCCUUCCUGGUGAUGCUGCUGGUGUACAGGAUGAAGAAGAAGGAUGAGGGCAGCUACACGCUGGAGGAACCCAAACAGGCCACCGUCACCUACCAGAAACCAGACAAGCAGGAGGAGUUUUACGCAUAACACUUGCACGGCAGAGAGACACGCCGCACACCGGGGGAGAAACAAGAGAAAGAGAAAGAGAAAGAUACUCUUAAGUCCUCCCCUCCUCCUCCUCUUCUUCAUCGCUUCCCCCCUAUUUGCUCGCCUCUUCUCAUCCCUCCCCCUCCUCUUGUCUCCAAAACACUUGAGAACGCCUUUCUCUCUGGGGACUUUCUUUUCAAUGAAAAUGGAAAAAAAAAGAGGACAAAACAAGGAAAAUACAUACAAAUAUAUUCAGAAAAAUAGCAUACACACACAAGAUGUUUUUAAAGUAAAUGUUGUUAUUAAUAUUCUACAAAUUCUCUUGUUCUGUAUGUAAUAAUAUGAUUAUUUUGUAAGAAAAACAAAACCUUCUCUUGACCUGUGUUUUCCAACACAUACAAAAAAAAAGUUCCUCUUCAGUUUUUACGAAGAAAAUAAAAAGGCCUAAAGGAGAGAGGAGAGGAGGCGGCGGAGCAAGCUGAGGCACACAGAUAAUAAGACAAAUGCCGGGCUUGACUCUGCCCAUCAUCCCCCACAAACAAAAAAAAAAACUUA